GUCACAACAAUAACAACAAAGACAACCUGAGAGGCUCCCCCCCAAUUCUGCUGACACCACCAAGGUGGUUCGACGCCUUCUAUUCUACAUGAAACUUUUCGCAACUGAUCAUGCUGGAAUUCCUCUCUGCAUGCUGACGCCCUCGAGCCUGGCAAGCUGGCCAUGUCAAUCGUUCCCUACCAGUCUCGCGGUCGCGAGAUCGUCCUGCGCCACCAUAAUGCCGUCGUCGUGCGCGACCCCUCCUCGAGACGCCUCGAGCUCGACCGUGCCUUGACCGAGUGCCCAACGUGCCACCAGCCGCUGAGACCAUCAUCGCCCGACCGCGGCUUCGAAUCCUCCUCCGAGAACGAAUCAUAUGUCAGUCCCGACUAUUUUCGCAUGCUGCGAGACCGUCGCGACUUGUUUGAGCCCAACCCACCGCCAUCGAGCCCCAUUCGUCGUCUCGUCCACACCUUUAAUGACAACGAUCGGAGUCUUCCGGAAUAUGCACAUAAUGCCGAGUUCGUCUCGAGUUCUCCCGCCCCGCAGCCGCAGGAAGGAAGUCGCAUCAAGCGGGAGGCCUUCCAGCCCAAUUAUUUCAAGACCUUCUUCGUCGAGGAGAGAGAACUCGGUCGAGGCGGGAAGGGUGUUGUGCUCCUUGUGAGACACGAGAUUGACGGCUGUCAACUGGGGUACUUUGCCUGCAAGCGUGUGCCUGUUGGUGACGACCAUGGCUGGCUUGAGAAGGUCCUUAUUGAGGUCGAGCUUCUCGCCAAGCUGUCGCAUCCAAACCUAGUCUCGUACCGGCAUGUUUGGCUGGAAGAUGUCAAACUCAACCGGUUCGGCCCUAGCGUGGCAUGCGCCUUCAUUCUUCAGCAAUACUGCAAUGGAGGAGACCUGCUUCACAAGGUGGUUGGCAAGUUCCCGGAGGAGACCACCAAAGAACAGCUCAAGGCUCAGAUGCGUCGCCGAUCAAAGGGCCAGGCGGAAAGACCGACAGACUUGUGGGGUGCACGCUCCCAGCUUGCGCCCGAAGAUAUUCACUCAUUCUUCAGGGACAUCACCGCAGGCCUUGCAUACCUACAUGCUGCAAACUAUAUCCACCGCGACCUCAAGCCAAGCAACUGCCUGCUGCAUGACGAGCGCGGGAGGAUUACCUGCCUGAUCAGCGAUUUUGGCGAGGUUCAGCCGGAGAACGUCGUCCGUAAGUCGACGGGUUCAACUGGCACCAUAUCCUACUGCGCGCCCGAGGUCUUGAAAAAAGACAGCACGGGCAGGUACGGCAACUUCACCACAAAGUCGGAUAUCUUCUCUCUCGGUAUGAUCCUGUAUUUCAUGUGUUUUGGGCGGCUGCCAUACCGGUCCGCAAAUACAAUCCAUGAAGAGCUCGAAGACGUCGAUCUGCUGCGGGCCGAGAUCACAGACUGGAAAGGCUUCGAGGAUGAACGGCGAGAGAGGCCCGAGCUGCCAACAAAGCUGUACACCCUUCUGAAGCAGUUGCUCGCGCUGAACCCAAAUGAUCGCCCCAGUGCGGACGAUGUCGUCAAGGCACUGAAGAACGUCACAAUCUUGGAAAGCAUGUUACGCGGCGCCGGCACCGGCGCGUCCAUUGGAGUCCCCGGGCGGCGCAUCCAGAAUCUGGAUUCGCCAUUGCCACCAAGCACUCCUGUACCAGAUCCCAGAAAGCGUGCCACUGUACAAUCGUCGUCCCAAGAGGACCUCGAAGACACGCAGAAAGGCGAUGGCCCAUCCCAGUCUCAACUUCACCAGUCCCUGCAGAAACUCUCAAGCUCGUCGCCGACGAGACACCGCGCACCGACUAUGUCACCAUCACAUAGUCAGGAUGGUCACCACCGCCCUCGUUCGCCGCGAUACAGACACUCAAGCCCUACACGUGAUCAAGACACCAUCACAACCCCGCUGCUCAUGCCCCCGCCAACCACCUUCUACGGGGAGGUCAGGACGAAGUAUGAACAGCUCACGCGCGCACUGUCUGCGCCUACGUCACCCUCCCUCCGAUUCGCGCUAUUUGUGGUCAAGAUGCUGGUCUUGGCCCGCGCUUGCUGGCCCGCCAGUUUUAAGAUGGCAGUGGGUGGCAUCUUGGUCAUCGCAGCGGCCGUCGACGUCGCCUGGGAGUUGAGUCUCAGAAGAUCGAUGUCGUUUUUCGUGCUCCACCUCGCCCUCGUCCUGGCAUUUCAGAGACGCGGCGACCUCUGCCUAGGCGGCCCUGAACCAUGGGACUGGAGCUCGACCCUCCCACAUGACGGCGUUGUCUGAGCGACUACAACAUGACAUAUCAUGAAUGAUGAUCCAAAUAAAGAAAAUUCAAAACACGACGGCAUAAAUAGCCGAUAUGAUGCUUCCCGACAGCAUCCACUCUCAAUUACCAAUCACCAACCAUUCUCGGGACCUGCCGCGCGGAAUGAAGAAGCAGAGAGCGUGUAACCGUGUGGGCGUCAAAAGGACCGUACAAGAUGAAAUGAGAAGUUGAAAGUCCUCUGAAGGUUCCCAGAACGGCCCUUGUGGCCGUCCUUGUGGCGGUGGAACUUGAGACUCGGCGGCGUUUGAGGUCUGAUUAUAGUCCCUCAUUUCGGUUGGCAAAUUAUACCGAACUCAUGGCAGGCAGGUAGCCGGGGCGCUCGCGCGUAUUUGCGAGGACUUUUUAACCCGGUUGGAAGGGAAACGUUGGAAAGGAAAGGUUAGGGCACCUGGGCAUCGAAAUGCCAAGCGUCUCCGCCCUGUGUAUCUCCCACCUGGCUUGACUGUGUCCUAGGUUGGAUACGAGACCAAUGUCCACCUUGUUAAUGUAGGUGAGGGCCGUAUUUGAAAGCAAACUUGCACUGCUGUAGAUGGACAUAGUCGAGGCCGGAUCGUGCGACCACUGAGGACGGACGGCUCCACCGGGUCUCGUCCGCGCUUCGCCGAGCUUUCCAUUGGUCGCAUGUUCCAAGUCGGAUGCAAGUACAGACUUCGUAAUAAACCCUGGCAGGACUGUGUUUCUGAA